UUUUUUCCGUUGCGUCCGCCCUCUGUGCGGCGGGAUUUUUUUCAUGUUUACCCGCUCGCCCGUCAUACACCGCACCGGCUUCACGGCAGAUUGUUACACCGCGCGUGCGUCGACCACCACCGGAAUAUGCGACAGUGUCGACGAUCACCCAAUCACACUCCUCUCUUCAGAAUAUCCGAUCCAACAAUAAUAUCAUUUUAGAUAUUUUAUUUCAUGCAGUAGAUUGUAUCAUAAGAGAGUAGUGUCGGCUACAGCUUACUGAGCUAAAAUGCAGAUAGGUUGAUUGAAGUCGAAAUUGUCUAGUUUAAAUAUUUUUUUAGUGAUUUAAGAUAACCUAAGAUCCACCAUGUUUGUGGGCCGUGAUAACGUUCCUUUGAGAUGUCUCGCGUUUCUGACGACCCUCUUACCCCUCGUGUGUUCUCAGUGUUACGAUAGUAGCUUCACGACCAGUUCCGAAAGUUCUAACAGUUUUGACAGCUCGACUCCAGUAAGGAAUAACUGCACGGCUGAUUUCUUGAAAUACUUCGAGUCAUGCAAAAGGAGUUCACCUACUUUUGACAAAUGUAUCCGCACAGCGCUAAAUUCUGUCACACCUUAUUUUACGACAGGUGUGCCCGAUUUGAAAAUCCCUCCUUUUGAUCCGUGGUUUGCGGAGGAAAUAAUUCAGAAGUGGGGUGGACCAGGCAUAGGCUACAAUUUAAAACUAAGAAAUGUUCGAGAGGCCGGAUGGAAGCAGUCUCUCGUCACAAAGUUCAGGAGUAAUGCAAAGGCACAAAUGAUCGUGUACACUCAAUACUUCCCCGAAAAGUACCUGGAAGGAGAAUGGGAAGCUGAAAGCAAUCUCAUCCAACAGAGAGAAAACCGCGGUGUUUUCAAUUUGACACUGUACGAGUACAAUCAAACUACAACUAUCUAUAGAUCAAAGAACACGAAACGACUGAAGGUUAACAUUCAAAUGAAAGAAGUUGGUAAUCUGAAGCUGCAUAUCAGUAAUCUAUUAAGAGGCAGGACAUUUUUAGAGGGAAUCCUCGACAGAAUGAUCAACGGUUUCUGGAGGCCAGGUCUAGUUUUUGUUCGUCCGAUGGUCAACGACGUAGUCUCAACAGCUUUCACGGAUAUUUACAAUAAGCAUUUUAAUGAUUUUGAUCUGAACACGAUUUUACCGGCGGAAUAAUUCUUAUUUGAUUGUAACACUACUGAAGUAGGUGACCAAUUGCGCAGAGUUUGGUGCAACAGUGUUACAUUUGUUGCAACUACAUAGCAACGAAUGCAGUUUUGUGCGACUCAUUGUUUCCAUGGUACACGUAUUUUUGUUAAUGAUGCGUCUCAUGAUCUCUCCUGCAUUACAUACGGAUCAUCGAGCCGUAAAAGAGACACUAUACACUGCCGAGCUGAGGAACAACGCCGUAUGAACAUUCGAGUGUUGUCAAAUUUUCUUCGAUAAAAUGUUAAUUUUUUGCGGAACGUUAUGAAUAUUUUUCUUCGAAAUUAUCAGGAACUUCUGAUGAAUUGCGAACAAAAUUAUCUGACAAAUUGGAAGGAAAAUAUCCAUAAACUUACAAGGAAAUUCGUGUUUUAUCAAAGGAAAUUUGGCAACGCCUGGAGGGUCACACGGCGUUUUUCCAUAGCACUACAGUGCAAUUGAAUAACCAUGUUUAAAAUUUGCCAAAUGAUUCCGCACUUUGGUGCGAAUAAGUCCCAACAUGAAUGUACAUCGUAAGCUGCCAUAAGAUUGGGACUCAUGGGGCUGCAUCGGUAAAUUUCUUUUAUUAUAUUCUUGACCAGCAAAUACGAUAUUUUUAUUCCAGCGCAUUGUGCAAAAAAUAUAGAUAUACAUUGCAGUCGCAAUGAGUCUAAGAAACAUUUAUUUGCAAAAUCUUGUAUGAAACUUAUGUGGUUGUGAGAUGAAAAACAGCGCAUAGAGUCGUGCAUUUCAACUUUUUAAUGCAUUUGUAACAACUUUUGCUCCAAACUCCGCAUUAAUUCCGACCAUAGAAGUACUUGCAGCGGUACAACAUUAAAAAGUUUGGAUGUUAUUUUAGAAAAUACUAUUGGAAAUACCUCCGGCAGAUCAUCGAGAAAGAUCUUCAAAGUCUACCCAGUUUACUCACAAACAACAAUAUUCUUCCCCAGAAAGAAGAUUCGUGGACAAAAGUUUCAACCCAUCAAAUUUAUAAUAAUCGCCGUCAAACAAUCUCUUGAUUCCAGUCCUCAUAUUUUAAAUGAUAAUUGUGUAUAUAUAGUUGCAUGUGCCAAACUAAUUCAUUUAAAACAAAUUCAGAUAUGUACUUCCAGUUUUGAAAAAGCACUGACCUUGGAGUGCAGUCAUCGACUGUUCAAGAAUUUAAUCAAAAUUUAAAUCAUUAUUUGACAAUGCUGCAGAGUCUUAUUAUAGUUUUUUUAAAUGCAUAGGAACGAAAUUAAUGCAGGUAAGUAAAAAAAAACAAAUUUUAUUAAAAAUUCUUUGGUAAAUAUUUGGCUGCAA